UCCUCCUCGUCCAGUGAGAGCAGCCCCACGACCUUGGCCGAGUCCACCACGGGACCGAGCGAGAGCAGCCCCACGACCUCAUCUGAGUCCACCAUGGGAACCUCCUCCUCGUCCAGUGAGAGCAGCCCCACGACCUCAGCCGAGUCCACCAUUGGCACCUCCUCAUCUCCCACCAAGAGCAUUCUCACCACAUCAACCUCCUCCUCCCCCAGCGAGAGCAGCCCCACGACCUCGGCCGAGUCCACCACGGGCCCCUCCUCCUCUCCCAGCGAGAGCAGCUCCACGACCUCGGCCGAGUCCACCACAGGAACCUCCUCCUCUCCCAGCGAGAGCAGCCCCACGACCUUGGCCGAGUCCACCACGGGAACCUCCUCCUCUCCCAGCGAGUCGGCCGAGUCCACCACAGGAACCUCCUCCUCUCCCAGCGAGAGCAGCCCCACGACCUUGGCCGAGUCCACCAAGGGAACCUCCUCCUCGUCCAGUGAGAGCAGCUCCACGACCUCGGCCGAGUCCACCACGGGAACCUCCUCCUCUCUCCUCACUUUAGGUGACUAUACAAGCAGUGAGACUCCCACGGCAACCUCUCUUCCAGGCCUGAGGACAGCCAAAAUUUCCACAAGGGAGGAAAGUCUGACGGCUGCUUCCCAGUCCCCUCUGACAGCAUCGUCCAGUAAAAGUCCCACAAGGACGACUGUCACACAGCCAGCGGUCUCUGAAUUCACCACCAACGAGACAACCGUGACAUUGGUUCCUCCCCAUCCAACUGAGACUGAAUUCACAAGUACGGAGACUGCCAUGGCAAACUCUCCUUCUCUUCCAAUGACAGAGACAUCCACACCCAAUGCCAUAACAUCUUCAGUGCACACCACAAUGGAAACAAGCAACAGUGAGACAACCUCAGCCACAUCCUCUCCACUGCCAACGCUGACCAGCUCUUCCACCCACAGCUCCUUCCUGACUUCUGUCUCUCACACAACCCUUUCCGAAACCACCACCAAUGAAACGACUCUGGGAACAACAGUUCCUGCUCCAGCUUCAACAGAAUUUACCAACCGUGAAACAACAUUGUCAACAACACCCCCUGCAUCCGCUCCAUCUGAAACAUUCACUAGCGAGACAGUGGCCACAAGAGCUACUCACUCUGCAGUUGUAUCAACAUCUUCCAGGGAGAUAACGACAAGUGUCUCUCUCCCAACACUACCUGAAACUUUCCCCAGUGAGACAGCCGUAACCACAACUUCUCUUCCCCAUACUUUUAGUGAAUAUACAAAAAGGGAGACUCCCGUGGCAACGUCCCUUCCGGCCCUGAGCACUGAAUCCAUAUCCAUGCGCAGCGCUUCCAGCCCAACCUCCACAGCUGAGAGCAGCACCCUCUCCGAGUCUGUCUCUACACCCAAUAUUUCUAGGCUGACCUCCACUGUUGGGGCCAGCACCCUCUACGAGUCUGUCUCCAAGCACAGUACUUCCAGCCCAAGCUCUGUGACCAAAGGCAGCACCAUCUCUGAGCCCGUCUCCAUGCCCAGCGCUUCAAGCCUGACCUACACGGCCGAAACCCACACUGUAUCCAAGUCUGUUCCCUCCUCCAGUGCUUCAAGCCUGACCUCCACGGCCGAGACCCACACCGUCUCCGAGUCUGUCUCCACUCCCAGUACUUCCAGCCCAAGCUCUGUGACCGAGGGCAGCACCAUCUCUGAGUCUGUUCCCUCGUCCAGUGCGUCAAGCCUGACCUACACGUCCGAGACCCACACCAUCUCCGAGUCUGUUCCCUCGUCCAGUGCUUCAAGCCCGACAACCGCAUCCGAGGCCAUCAGUGUCUCUGAGCCCGUCUCCACACCCAGCGGUUACAGCCCAAGCUCUGUGACCGAGGCCAGAACGAUGUACGAGUCCGUUUCCACACACAGCCCUGCCAGCUCGACCUCCACCAUUGAGGCCAUCACCUUCACACAGUCAGCAGUCUCUGAAUUCACCACCAGUGAGAAAACCAUGACAUUCGUUCCUCCCCACCCAACUGGGAUGGAAUUCACACGUAUGGAGACCACCAUGGCAAACUCUCCUUCUCUUCCAAUGACAGAGACAUCCACACCCAAUGCCAUAACACCUUCUUCAGUGCACACCACAAUGGAAACAAGCAACAAUGAGACAACCUCAGCCACAUCCUCUCCACCGCCAACGCUGACCAGCUCUUCCACCCACAGCUCCUUCCUGACUUCUGUCUCUCACACAACCCUUUCCGAACCCACCACCAAUGAAACGACUCUGGCAACAACAUUUUCUGCUCCAGCUUCAACAGAACUUACCAACCGUGAAACAACAUUGUCAACAACACCCCCUGUGUCCGCUCCAUCUGAAACAUCCACUAGAGAGACAGUGGCCACAAGAGCUACUCACUCUGCAGUUGUAUCAACAUCUUCCAUGGAGAUAACAACAAGUGUCUCUCUCUCAACACUCCCUGAAACUUUCCCCAGUGAGACAACCGUAAGGACAACGUCUCGUCCCAUUACUUUUAGUGAAUAUACAAAAAGGGAGACUCCCGUGGCAACGUCCCUUCCGGCCCUGAGCACUGAAUCCAUAUCCAUGCGCAGCGCUUCCAGCCCAACCUCCACAGCUGAGAGCAGCACCCUCUCCGAGUCUGUCUCUACACCCAAUAUUUCUAGGCUGACCUCCACAGCUGAGAGCAGCACCCUCUCCGAGUCUGUCUCCACGCCCAGCACUUCCAGCCCAAGCUCUGUGACCGAGGGCAGCACCAUGUCUGAGCCCGUCUCCAUGCCCAGCGCUUCGAGCCUGACCUCCACAGCCGAGUCCCACACUGUAUCCGAGUCUGUUCCCUCCUCCAGUGCUUCAAGCCCGACCUCCGCAUCCAAGGCCAGCAGUGUCUCUGAGCCCAUCUCCACACCCAGCGGUUACAGCCCGAGCUCUGCGACCGAGGCCAGCACCAUGUCCGAGUCCGUCUCCACGUCCAGCCCUGCCAGCCAGACCUCUCCUGCUGAGGCCAUCACCAUCACACAGCCAGCGGUCUCUGAAUUCACCACCAGUAUGACAACCGUAAGAACAACUACUCUUCCCCCUACCUUUAGUGAAUAUACAAGGAGUGAGACUCCCACGGCAACCUCUCUUCCAGUACUGAGCACAGCCGAAAUUUCCACAAGGGAGGAAAGUCUGACGACUGCUUCCCAGUCUCCUCUGACAGCAUCGUCCAGUGAAAGUCCCAUAAGGACGACUGUCACACAGCCAGUGGUCUCUGAAUUCACCACCAAUGAAACAACAGUGACAUUGGUUCCUCCCCAUCCAACUGGGACUGAAUUCACACGUACGGAGACUGCCAUGGCAAGCUCUCCUUCUCUUCCAAUGACAGAGACAUCCACACCCAAUGCCAUAACAUCUUCAGUGCACACCACAAUGGAAACAAGCAACAGUGAGACAACCUCAGCCACAUCCUCUCCACCGCCAACGCUGACCAGCUCUUCCCCCUACAGCUCCUUCCUGACUUCUGUCUCUCACACAACCCUUUCCGAACCCACCACCAAUGAAACGACUCUGGCAACAACAGUUUCUGCUCCAGCUUCAACAGAAUUUACCAACCGUGAAGCCACAUUGUCAACAACACCCUCUGCGUCCGCUCCAUCUGAAACAUCCACUAGCGACACAGUGGCCACAAGAGCUACUCACUCUGCAGUUGUAUCAACAUCUUCCAGGGAGAUAACGACAAGUGUCUCUCUCCCAACACUACCUGAAACUUUCCCCACUGAGACAACCGUAACCACAACUUCUCUUCACACUACCUUCAGUGAAUAUACAAAAAGUGAGACUCCCGUGGCAACGUCCCUUCCGGCCCUGAGCACUGAAUCCAUAUCCAUGCGCAGCGCUUCCAGCCCAUCCUCCAUGGCUGAGAGUAGCACCCUCUCCGAGUCUGUCUCUACACCCAAUAUUUCUAGGCUGACCUCCACUGCUGGGGCCAGCACCCUCAUGGAGUCUGUCUCCACGCCCAGCGCUUCCAGCCCAAACUCUGUGACCGAGGGCAGCACCAUGUCUGAGCCCGUCUCCAUGCCCAGCGCUUCGAGCUUGACCUCCACAGCCGAGUCCCACACUGUAUCCGAGUCUGUUCCCUCAUCCAGUGCUUCAAGCCCGACAACCGCAGCCAAGGCCAGCAGUGUCUCUGAGCCUGUCUCCACACCCAGCGGUUACAGCCCGAGCUCUGCGACUGAGGCCAGAACGAUGUACUCCACGGCCGAGGCCAUCACCAUCACACAGCCAGCGGUCUCUGAAUUCACCACCACUGGCUCCACCAUGCCAGCCCCCGUGCAGUGCCAGAACAGCGGGACGCUACAGGGGUCCCAGUGCUUCUGUCUCCCAGCCUUUACGGGCCAGAGCUGUGACGUGCUAAGAAACAACAUCACCAUAGAUGAUGUUGUGGCAGUGAUCAGCAUCAGAUUGGAGGUGGUGAAUGCGGUCUUCAACCUGAGCCUGGAGAACCAGAGCUCCCCUGACUUCAAAGCUUUCGAGACCCGUUUUAAGAAUCAGACUGAGAAGAUCUACAGUGAGAUCCCCCAGUACCAGGGGUUGAAGAUAAUUUCACUGAGAAACGGCAGCAUCAUUGUGGAUCACGAGAUCUUUUUGGCUGUGCCAUAUUCCAGGUACAACAGCACGUACACGGAAGCCGUCAGCAACGUCAGAGACCGCCUGGUCCACCGCAACUGCACCUCCAAUGACACAGACAAAUUGUGCUUUGAAGCUGGAGCCACCCAGGUCAACUCGGUCAAUCUGAACAUAGCAGCGGUCUGCCAGAACGACUCCGUCAUCCCCGCGGCGUACCAGAAAUAUUACUUCCCGCUCAACGUGAGCAACACGCUGAUGUGCGUCUCCAACUGCAGCAGCCAGAGCCCCUACGGCCCCUUCUGCGAGGCAGGGGAGCAGUGCUACCUCGGGGCUCAGGGACCCCAGUGCCGUGAGCCGACCACGACAGUAGCAGGGACUCCGUCAACGCCAACGUCAGCUGAGUUCACAGCAAGUGAGACAGCGCUCAGCACCGCGAUUCAGUCCAGCGCAGAAACACCGAGCUCAGCCACCGCUCCGGUCCCAAACAUGUCUGCGUCCCCCACAGAGAGAAGCACACACGCCAGUUCUUCAGAGACAUCUACAGGAGAAAGUCUGACGACUGCUUCCCAGAAAACUGUGACCUCAUCGUCCAGUGAAAGCCCCACAAGGACGACUGUCACACAGCCAGCUGUCUCUGAAUUCACCACCAACGAGACAACCGUGACAUUGGUUCCUCCCCAUCCAACAGGUACUGAAUUCACAAGUACCGAGAUUACCAUGGCAAGCUCUCCUUCUCUUCCAAUGACAGCGACAUCCACACCCAAUGCCAUAACACCCUUUUCAGUGCACACCACAAUGGAAACAAGCAACAGUGAGACAACCUCAGCCACAUCCUCUCCAGCACCAAUGCUGACCAGCUCUUCCACCCACAGCUCCUUCCUGACUUCUGUCUCUCACACAACCCUUUCCGAACCCACCACCAAUGAAACGACUCUGGCAACAACAGUUUCUGCUCCAGCUUCAACAGAAUUUACCAACCGUGAAACAACAUUGUCAACAACACCCUCUGCGUCCGCUCCAUCUGAAACAUCCACUAGCGUGACCGUGGCCACAAGAGCUACUCACUCUGCAGUUGUAUCAACAUCUUCCAGGGAGAUAACGACAAGUGUCUCUCUCCCAACACUACCUGAAACUUUCCCCAGUGAGACAACUGUAACAACAACUUCUCUUCCCCAUACUUUUAGUGAAUAUAGAAGCAGUGAGACUCCCACGGCAACCUCCCUUCCAGUCCUGAGCACAGCCGAAAUUUCCACAAGGGAGGAAAGUCUGACGACUGCUUCCCAGUCUCCUCUGACAGUAUCGUCCAGUGAAAGUCCCACAAGGACGACUGUCACACAGCCAGUGGUCUCUGAAUUCACCACCAACGAGACAACAGUGACAUUGGUUCCUCCCCAUCCAACCGGUACUGAAUUCACACGUACGGAGACCACCAUGGCAAACUCUCCUUCUCUUCCAAUGACAGAGACAUCCACACCCAAUGCCAUAACAUCUUCAGUGCACACCACAAUGGAAACAAGCAACAGUGAGACAACCUCAGCCACAUCCUCUCCACUGCCGACGCUGACCAGCUCUUCCACCCACAGCUCCUUCCUGACUUCUGUCUCUCACACAACCCUUUCUGAAACCACCACCAAUGAAACGACUCUGGGAACAACAGUUUCUGCUCCAGCUUCAACAGAAUUUACCAACCGUGAAACAACAUUGACAACAACACCCCCUGUGUCCGCUCCAUCUGAAACAUCCACUAGCGAGACAGUGGCCACAAGAGCUACUCACUCUGCAGUUGUAUCAACAUCUUCCGGGGAGAUAACAACAACUGUCUCUCUCCCAACACUACCUGAAACUUUCCCCAGUGAGACAGCCCUAACAACAACUUCUCUUCACACCACCUUCGGUGAAUAUACAAAAAGUGAGACUCCCGUGGCAACAUCCCUUCCGAUCCUGAGCACUGAAUCCGUAUCCAUGAGCAGCGCUUCCAGCCCAAACUCCAUGGCUGACAUCAGCACCAUCUCCGAGUCUGUCUCCACGCCCAGCACUUCCAGCCCAAGCUCUGUGACGGAGGGAAGCACCGUCUCCGAGUCCCUCUCCAAGUCCAGUGCUUCGAGUCUGACCUCCACAGCCGAGUCCCACACCGUAUCCGAGUCUGUUCCCUCCUCCAGUGCUUCAAGGCCGACCUCCACGGUCGAGGCCAGCAGUAUCUCUGAACCCGUCUCCACAGCCAGCGCUUCCAGCUUGUCCUCCAUGGCCAAGGCCAGCACCGUCUCCAAGUCUGCUCCCUCGUCCAGUGCUUCAAGACCGACCUCCACGGUCGAGGCCAGCAGUGUCUCUGAGCCCAUCUCCACACCCAGCGGUUACAGCCCGAGCUCUGCGACCGAGGCCAGCACCAUGUCCGAGUCCGUCUCCUCGUCCAGCCCUGCCAGCCAGACCUCUCCUGCUGAGGCCAUCACCAUCACAGAGCCAGCGGUCUCUGAAUUCACCACCAGUAUGACAACCGUAAGAACAACUACUCUUCCCCCUACCUUUAGUGAAUAUACAAGGAGUGAGACUCCCACGGCAACCUCUCUUCCGGUCCUGAGCACAGCCAAAAUUUCGACAAGGGAGGAAAGUCUGACGGCUGCUUCCCAGUCUCCUCUGACAGCAUCGUCCAGUGAAAGUCCCAUAAGGACGACUGUCACACAGCCAGCGGUCUCUGAAUUCACCACCAACGAGACAACAGUGACAUUGGUUCCUCCCCAUCCAACUGGGACUGAACUCACACGUAUGGAGACUACCAUGGCAAACUCUCCUUCUCUUCCAGUGACAGAGACAUCCACACCCAAUGCCAUAACAUCUUCAGUGCUCACCACAAUGGAAACAAAGAACAGUCAGACAACCUCAGCCACAUCCUCUCCACCACCAACGCUGACCAGCUCCUCCACCCGCAGCCCCUUCCUGACUUCUGUCUCUCACAUAUCCCUUUCCAAAACCACCACCAAUGAAACGACUCUGGCAACAACAGUUUCUGCUCCAGCUUCAACAGAAUUUACCAACCGUGAGUUGUCUUUGUCAACAACACCCUCCGUGCUCACUGGGUCUGAAAUAUUCACUAGCGAGACAGCGGCGACAAGAGCUACUCACUCUGCAGUUGUAUCAACAUCUUCCAGGGAGAUAACAACAAGUGUCUCUCUCCCAACACUCCCUGAAACUUUCCCCAGUGAGACAACCGUAAGGACAACGUCUCUUCCCCCUACUUUUAGUGAAUAUACAAGAAGGAAGACUCCCAUGGCAACGUCCCUUCCGGCCCUGAGCACUGAAUCCAUAUCCAUGCGCAGCUCUUCCAGCCCAACCUCCACUGCUGGGGCCAGCACCCUCUCCGAGUCUGUGUCCACGCCCAGCGCUUCCAGCCCAAGCUCUGUGACCGAGGACAGCACCAUGUCUGAGCCCGUCUCCAUGCCCAGCGCUUCAAGCCUGACCUACACGGCCGAAACCCACACUGUAUCCAAGUCUGUUCCCUCCUCCAGUGCUUCAAGCCUGACCUCUGCGGCUGAGACCCACACCAUCUCCGAGUCUGUUCCCUCAUUCAGUGCUUCAAGCCUGACCUCCACGGCCGAGACCCACACCGUCUCUGAGUCUGUUCCCUCGUCCAGUGCUUCAAGCCUGACCUCCAUGGCCGAGACCCACACCGUCUCCGAGUCUGUUCCCUCGUCCAGUGCUUCAAGCCUGACCUCCAUGGCCGAGACCCACACCGUCUCCGAGUCUGUUCCCCCGUCCAGUGCUUCAAGCCCGACAACCGCAGCCGAGGCCAGCAGUGUCUCUGAGCCUGUCUCCACACCCAGUGGUUACAGCCCGAGCUCUGCGACCAAGGCCAGAACGAUGUACGAGUCCGUUUCCACGCACAGCCCUGCCAGCUUGACCUCCACCGUCGAGGCCACCACCAUCACACAGGCAGCAGUCUCUGAAUUCACCACCAGUGAGAAAACCGUGACAUUGGUUCCUCCCCAUCCAACUGGGACUGAAUUCACAAGUACGGAGACUGCCAUGGCAAACUCUCCUUCUCUUCCAAUGACAGAGACAUCCACACCCAAUGCCAUAACACCUUCAGUGCACACCACAAUGGAAACAAGCAACAAUGAGACAACCUCAGCCACAUCCUCUCCACUGCCAACGCUGACCAGCUCCUCCACCCACAGCUCCUUCCUGACUUCUGUCUCGCACACAUCCCUUUCUGAAACUACCACUAAUGAAAGGACUCUGGCAACAACAGUUUCUGCUCCAGCUUCAACAGAAUUUACCAACCGUGAAACAACAUUGUCAACAACACCCUCUGUGUCCGCUCCAUCUGAAACAUCCACUAGCGUGACCGUGGCCACAAGAACUACUCACUCUGCAGUUGUAUCAACAUCUUCCAGGGAGAUAACGACAAGUGUCUCUCUCCCAACGGGACUUGAAACUUUCCCCAGUGAGACAACCCUAACAACAACUUCUCUUCCCCAUACUUUUAGUGAAUAUACAAAAAGGGAGACUCCCGUGGCAACCUCUGUUCCGGUCCUCAGCACUGAAUCCAUAUCUAUGCCCAGUGCUUCCAGUCCAAGCCUUGUCACAGAGGGCAGCACUGUCUCUGAACCCGUCUCCACAGCCAGCGCUUCCAGCUCGUCCUCCACGGCUGAGACCAGAACCGUCUCCAAGUCUGUUCCCUUGUCCAGUGCUUCUAGCCCGACUUCCACGGCCGAGGCCAGCACUGCCUUUGAGCCCCUCUCCACACCGAGCAGUUACAACCCGAGCUCUGUGACCGAGGCCAGCACCAUGUCCGAGUCCGUCUCCACGCACAGCCCUGCAAGCCCAACCUCCACGGCCGAGGCCAUCACCAUCACACAGCCAGAGGUCUCUGAAUUCACCACCAGUGAGAAAAGCGUGACAUUGGUUCCUCCCCAUCCAACUGGGACUGAAUUCACAAGUACAGAGACUACCAUGGCAAACACUCGUUCUCUUUCAGUGACAGAGACAUCCACACCCAAUGCCAUAACAUCUUCAGUGCACACCACAAUGGAAACAAGCAACAGUGAGACAACCUCAGCUACAUCCUCUCCACCGCCAACGCUGACCAGCUCCUCCACCCACAGCUCCUUCCUGACUUCUGUCUCUCACACAACCCUUUCCGAACCCACCACCAAUGAAACGACUCUGGCAACAACAGUUUCUGCUCCAGCUUCAACAGAAUUUACCAACCGUGAAACUAUAUUGUCAACAACACCCCCUGCGUCCGCUCCAUCUGAAACAUCCACUAGCGAGACAGCGGUGACAAGAGCUACUCACUCUGCAGUUGUAUCAACAUCUUCCAGGGAGAUAACGACAAGUGUCUCUCUCCCAACACUACCUGAAACUUUCCCCAGUGAGACAACCAUAAGAACAACUUCUCUUCCCCCUACCUUUAGUGAAUAUACAAGGAGUGAGACUCCCACGGCAACCUCUCUUCCAGUACUGAGCACAGCCGAAAUUUCCACAAGGGAGGAAAGUCUGACGACUGCUUCCCAGUCUCCUCUGACAGCAUCGUCCAGUGAAAGUCCCACAAGGACGACUGUCACACAGCCAGCGGUCUCUGAGUUCACCACCAACGAGACAACAGUGACAUUGGUUCCUCCCCAUCCAACCGGUACUGAAUUCACACGUACGGAGACUGCCAUGGCAAACUCUCCUUCUCUUCCAAUGACAGAGACAUCCACACACAAUGUGAUAAGGCUGACCUCCACUGCUGGGGCCAGCACCCUCUCCGAGUCUGUCUCCACGCCCAGCGCUUCCAGCCCAAGCUCUGUGACCGAGGGAAGCACCAUCUCUGAGCCCGUCUCCAUGCCCAGCGCUUCGAGUCUGACCUCCACAGCCGAGUCCCACACUGUAUCUGAGUCUGUUCCCUCCUCCAGUGCUUCAAGCCUGACCUCUGCAUCUGAGGCCAUCAGUGUCUCUGAGACUGUGUCCACACUGAGCGGUUACAGCCCAAGCUCUGCGACCGAGGCCAGAACGAUGUACGAGUCCGUCUCCACGUCCAGCCCUUCCAGCCUGACCUCUCCCGCUGAGGCCAUCACCAUCACACAGCCAGCGGUCUCUGAAUUCCCCACCAGUGAGAAAACCGUGACAUUGGUUCCUCCCCGUCCAACUGGUACUGAACUCACAAGGACGGAGACUGCCAUGGCAAACUCUCCUUCUCUUCCAAUGACAGAGACAUCCACACCCAAUGCCAUAACACCUUCUUCAGUGCACACCACAAUGGAAACAAGCAACAGUGAGACAACCUCAGCCACAUCCUCUCCACCACCAACGCUGACCAGCUCCUCCACCCACAGCACCUUCCUGACUUCUGUCUCUCACACAUCCCUUUCCGAACCCACCACCAAUGAAACGACUCUGGCAACAACAGUUUCUGUUCCAGCUUCAACAGAAUUUACCAACCGUGAAACAACAUUGUCAACAACAACCCCUGUGUCCGCUCCAUCUGAAACAUCCACUAGAGAGACAGUGGCCACAAGAGCUACUCACUCUGCAGUUGUAUCAUCAUCUUCCAGGGAGAUAACAACCAGUGUCUCUCUCUCCACACUCCCUGAAACUUUCCCCAGUGAGACAACCCAUCGUCCAGUGAAAGUCCCAUAA